CCAUAUAUAUUUUAUAUAACUCGAUCCCAAGCAUGAACAUUCUAGCAAAAGUCUUGUAAUUUGUUUUUUAUUUAUUUGCAACACCCAUUCUACUACUCCUCUCAAUGUCAUGUCAUGUCCAAAGAAAUACUCAAACUUCCAUUCCAUGCAGUCGAGUUUGACGGUUUAGCACACUUGAAAUUAAAUGUUUUUCUCUACUUAGACUUAAUUCUCCACAUGUUGAAAAAUCGUGUAUUUUGACCGUUUAUUGAGGCUUUUAAUGUUUUUUUAUUUCACUUUGAAUAAACGUAACUAACUGGUAACCAGACUUCUCCCAUCAUAUCAUUAUCAUAUUUGAUAUCCGUAGCAAAAAUGGCGAUCGAAGUGUUCCCCGACAGCCCGAGCGCCGCCGGCAUCAGCCCUCGCAUCUCCUUCUCCCACGAUCUCUCCCAAUCCGACGUCGUUCCGAUCGAGCAGUACAUUCGCUCCGGCGCCUCCUCCUCCUCCAUCGAUUUCGACUUCUGCGUCUUCCGCGAGAGCUUCGACCAGGAAUCCUCCUCCGCCGACGAGCUCUUCUUCGACGGCAAGAUCCUCCCCAUCCAAAUCAAGAAACGCCUCGCUCCGCCGCCCUUGCCGCCUUCUCCACUUCCCCCGCCGCCUCCCCCGCCUCCAAAAUCCGCCGAAUCGGAAGAGAAGCACAAGUCCUUCUGGCGGUUUAAGCGCAGCUCCAGCUUGAACUGCGGCAGCGGCUACGGCCGGACUCUCUGCCCGCUGCCGCUCCUCUCCAGAAGCAAUUCCACGGGAUCCACCGCCAGCGGUAAGCGCUCCUCCAUCUCGACCAGUCAGAAGCAAAAUCUACUGAAAAGCAAUUCAUCGCAGAAGCCGCAGGCGCAGUCCGGUUAUUCGUCAAAGCCGCCGUUGAAGAAGAGCGGCCAAUUUUCUCACGCCGGCGGGAUUAAAUUCAGUCCGGUUUUGAACGUUCCUCCGGCUAAUCUCUUUGGCCUCGGCUCAAUAUUUUCCGGCGGCGGCAAGGAGCGGAGCAGGAAGAAGUAUUGAUUAUUAAUCAAGUGUUGUUAAUUUGGCUUCUCUUCUUCUUCCAUCAUUUUCUCGAGUUUAAUGCCAAAGUUACUGUAUUAGACGGUGACUAAUUAAGAAUGUAAUUAAUGCAUGCGAGUGUGAAAAUUAAGAAGGGUGAAGAUUAAUAA